UGAAAUUGAAAAGUAAAUAUAAAUUAAAACAUGUCAUCGUUAUUAAUUUUUCAAAAUGCACAUUUAAUAAUGAUGGAAUUAGCUAUUGAUAAAAUUCUUAUUUCAAGUGAUUCACAUUUAAAUUCAGAUACGAUAAAAAAGACCAUUGUAAAGUUUCAAAUAUUAGACAACAAUGGGAUAAUGUUGAAUUCUCAAUGCAAAGAUUACACCUUGUAUAAUGGUUCAAAUAUUGAAGAGAAAAACUUUUAUGAAGGAAAAUCAGUUUUAUUCGCUAUUUCAGAAAGUGACUUUAAACAUAAAAUUUCAAAUACAGCUAUUGAAAUCCACCUGUUUAGAGAACUUUUUGACAAUACUACAAUGAAACCAUGUUACAGUAUAGGUUCUGUAAGAAUUCCCAUGAAUUCUCUUUUCAAUCAAAUAAUUCAAGAAGUAAUGGAACAAAAGCCACUAAACCAACAUUGUGAUUAUUUUGAUAAAAAAAAUGUUAUUUCAAGAUCAUUGAAGGAAACGUUUACAGUCAAUCAUACAAAUAUGAAUGAUUCUGCAUCAGCACUAGUAAGCAUCUAUAUAAGACUCAACUAUUUCGGUAAAUCGAUUGUGACAGAAAUCGAGAGGCUUUCUGAUGGCAAGUAUCGUGUUAGUGAGGAAACAUGUAAGGGUCAGUCUUAUCAAUGCCAUGAGGUGAGCUGUGGAGAAUCGGAAACCGGCUUUUGGGGUGUGGAAAACGAUCAACUAUCAGUAAAUUCAGGAAAUCUGAUACGUAUUCAUGAUACCAACAUUCGAUCAGAUGAUAAAGGUAUCACACAAGUUGUUGAUACCCAGGAAGAAGGUAUCAAAGAUUAUUCUAUUGAAAAUGAAGGAAAUGGAAAAAAAGAACUCUUGAGUGACAAUGAUAUGAAUCAAACUAGAGUGCAAAAAGGGAAAAAUUCUAUAAACAAAAAGAAAAAAAUCAAGAAAGGCAGAGUGCGAAAAAGCAAAUACAAACAAAUGUGA